AGCCGUCGGUCUCUCCCUGAUCACAGUGUGUACCUUGGCGGUAAGAGGCGUACAGCAGAGAGAAGAUGUCUAGCCCAGAGGAAACAAUUGUGGCUGCGGGAGAGAUGGUGUCAGCAAGGUUUUCCGUUGUGGACUACGUUGUAUUCAGCAUCAUGUUGGUGGUGUCUCUUGGGAUUGGCGUGUACAGCGCAAUCCAGAGUCGAGGUCGUGAGUCGACUCAAGAUUUUCUCUUGGGUGGGAGAAACAUGCCUCCGUUUCCAGUAGCAAUUUCUCUCUUGGGUGGAAUAUUCUCUGCAAUAUCUAUAUUAGGCAAUCCAACAGAAGUUUUCUACUUUGGAUCCCAGAUCAUGAUGACCAUAUUAGGGGUGAUUCCUGCCAGCAUUUUAGUACGACAAGGGCUUAUUCCCAUCUUCUACAACCUUGGCAUCCUCUCACUCAAUGAGUACGUAGAGGCACGUUUCAAUUCUGUCCUGCUGCGCAAACUGUCAACGAUGUGUCAUCUUCUCACAAAGUUUUUUUUCAUGGGAAUUUGUCUUUACGCUCCGUCGCUAGCCUUGUCCACCGUGACUGGCCUCUCACUGUGGGGCUCCAUGGUCAGCAUGGGCACCGUCUGCACCAUCUACAUUACUAUCGGAGGUGUGAAGGCCGUGGUUUACACCGACGUACUUCAGACGAUGCUCAUGUUCGGAGGUGUUUUGGUGGUGGUGGUGAUGUGCUGUGUCGACGUCGGUGUGGUCAACAUAUGGGCAGCAGCGAAGGAAGGAGGCCGUCUUGAAGUCUUGAACUUGGACACAAGCCCGUUCACACGCCACACGCUCUGGUCAACAAUAGUCCUGGGUUUCUACGUGACCUUGAAUAUUCUAGGACUGAACCAAGGCUGCUACCAGAGGCUCGCUUCAGUUAGCAGCUUGCAAAUUUCCCAAAGGCUGAUUACAUUCUUCAUGUUGGGCAUGACAGGGAUGUGGUUUCUGUUCUACUCCUCCGGAGUGGUGGCAUACGCUAUGUACCGUGACUGUGAUCCCCUUACUUCUGGUCGUAUCGAAAAACCAGAUCAAAUUCUUCCCUAUUUGGUGAUGGACAAACUGGGACACUUCACAGGACUUCCGGGCCUCUUUGUUGCUGCUGUCUACGGAGGAGUGCUCAGUUCAUUGUCAACCGCCGGGAACGCCAUUGCGUGUCUGAUGUGGGAGGACCUGCUGCAGCCGCUGCCUUUCUUUUCCAGGAUGUCCAACACUGCAUCCACCGCCAUCUGCAAACUAUUAUCUGCAGUGGCUGGUCUAUCUGGGAUCUUCUUGGGGAUGCUCGCUGGAAAACUCGGGAAUGUAUUCCAUGUUACAUCUAGUGUGUCUGGAUCCAUAUUGGGACCAAUGCAGGGAAUAUUCAUCACCGGCAUUUACAUUCCUUGGGUCAACUCAAAAGGUAUGCUGGUGGGCUUCUUGACGGCCUUCUGCUACAACGUCAUUAUUGUGAUAGGCAAAUUCCACCGGGGAGGAGGGUCUCCCCAAAAACUGCCGCUCUCCACAGCGGGAUGCCCCGAGAAUGCCCUCCAUUUUGCCAACACCAGCACUGCCGCCAUCCUGAACACUACCAUGGUGCCCGAAGACCUGCUGUACACCUCUGCCUUUCUGGAGGACCUGCAGCACAACACAACCUUGCACGAUGGAUCCUCGCCUGUGCCGGGGGAGAAAUCGUUGUACGACAUCUCUUACUGUUUCUUCGGCGUCAGCGGCAUCAUCAUCACCAUGGUUGUGAGCAGCUUCGUCUCUUUGUUCACUGGUCCACUGCUCCCCGGGAAGCUGGAUCCUCGACUAGUGAACCAAACGAGUGCGAAAAUGUACGCUUGGGUGUGGAAUAUAUUGUUUACCUCCAAGAGAAAGCCAAGAAAUCUUGUUGAUAAAGAAACCAGCCUUACAAUGUUGCCCAAGAAACAAGAAGUCUAACCUUAUCGGUAGAAAUGACGGUUUCAUACGUCCUUACGACUUGCUGCAAUGAAUACGCACAAUAUUAUUGUACCUCUUUUCAACUAUAAUAAUUAGAACAAAAUUAAACUGAACAUUUUUAUUGAUACGUACAUUAUAACAGUGUUCAUUGAUCCUUCUUCAUGACAAACUUGUGACAUAUGAAUGUUCUUGGAUGAAAUAUUAGAAAAUAUGGCCACGUUAAAUUAAAUGAGCUAUGCACAUUCCUGUUGGAGAACACUGUCAAAAGAACACAAUCCAACCUAUCACAAUGACUAUAUGUAAGAUGUAAAACCUUUGACCCACUUCUUUUUUUUUUCAACGAAAAAAUACAAUCUUCGAGAGUAACUUACGA